CCCCGGCUCCCCCCCGACCUGCCCGUUGCCAGCAGCGGCGUUUUUACGGGUUUCGGCGUCUCGCGCGGAGUGCAGUUGAGUGAGGGAGGGGGCCAUGUCCGGCGCCUCCAACGUCGCCACUAUGAAGAAAGUGGUGCAACAGCUGCGGCUCGAGGCCAGCGUGAGCCGCGUGAAGGUUUCACAAGCUGCAGCUGAUCUGAAGCAGUUUUGCCUUCAAAAUGCACAUCACGAUCCUUUAUUAACAGGAGUUUCAUCAAGUACAAAUCCAUUCAGACCACAGAAAGUCUGUUCUUUUCUCUGAUUUGAUCUAACAACUUUUCCUAGCUGGUUAUGUUGAAUAUGGAAAUGAAGCAAGAUGGCUUGGAACCUGUAUAGAAACUUUGUAUUAAUGUGCCAACUUUGAGCUUGUAAGAUUGCUAUUGUUUCAAACCCCCUUAAAAUCUACCUCUCUAAACAAGCUGUAUGCUAAUUGCUAUAACUCUGUAUCUAUCAUGAGGGAAUCAAUUUUAUAUUCAAGCAAUAGUUGACAUGAUUUUGAAUGUUAGCAUAAAGUAUUUCAACUUGUCCUAAUACUUUGAACUGUGUAUCUAAAACUUCACUAUUGUUCUAAAUACUGUCAGUUCAUUUUGUAAAAAUAUUCCUGCUUUUCCAAAACAAAAUAGCAUCUUCAUCUAAACAAAUUAGUAAUUUACAAUCAGUAUAGUACUUUUUUCUUUUUUGUUAUAUAGUCAUAGCUAAUUUGGAGUAAACUGUAUUCGCGUCUAGAAGCAUCCUAAAUUGUGAAUAUCCUCCUACAAGACUCAAAAAAACAAAAUAAAUGCCUUGUUAUACACUAUUUACCAAUCUAAUACGAUUUUAUUUCUUUUCUGUUUUAAAAAACUUUUAAAGCUAGAGUGGCAUAAAUUAGUAAAAAAGGAAGUCAAGCUUGAAACUGAUUACUAAAUACAUAACAGAACAAGAAUAUAAUGUAGAUUUUAAAAUAGUUUUGGAACAAACGCUGCAUAAUCUUAAAUAACUGGUUGCAUAGAGUUUUUCUUAUUUACAGGUCCAUAAUUUCUCAUACCUGACAGGUCAAAGCAAGAUCCAAGUUAACCAAGCUGACUGUCUCAGUUUAUAUUAAGUGCAGAGGGUAAUGCUCAGUUGGGUAUAACAUUCAUUUGAAACAAUCAUUCCGUGUAGAACAUUGAUUUAAUUUUCUGAUCUAUCUGCAGAGUGAUUUUUAAGGUAUAGUUCAGUUUUAUAUCUAAAAUCCUCCUUUCCUUUGAACAUCUGGGGGACAAUGAAAAAUGGGGAAUACAUAGUUUAUCAUUGUGUUCAAACUGGGAACUGCUUUGUAGUACCUAUAUGUAUGCAAACAAAUAUUAAUGCAUUUAAGAUUGAUCUGUAGAUUAAAAUUACAGAUGAACUGGGUAAUAUUGAUCAGAUUAUAUUCAAGAGGUUUUGGUUUUUUCUCACUCCUUAAGGAAGCCCUGUGAUUAUAGAUAACAGAACUUUCAUUAUUUCAAGUUUCAUUAAGAUGGACAGAGAAAAUGGGUUAUUACCUAAUUUCUUCUCCCUUUUAAAAAAUAAGAUUCAUUUCCCCAUGUAUUUCUUGUAUAAGCAUUUGGCUGAAUAUUUCUGUUCCUUGUCUAAUUUUAAAACAACUUUAAUUUAGCUUACUGAAGGUCAAAAUAAACAAGGUUUGUGUAGCCA